AAAGAAAUAGCUCAGAAAUUGAUUGGAAAGAUAUUUGCUGUGCACGUCAAAGAUGGAGUUUCCCCCAUGUCCGAACUCACUGAAGUCCAUACAGCACUUUCUGAAGCUGGCCCAGGAGCAUGAUUCGCGUGACAUUGUCAUAGCCUACUGGGCAAGGCUCUAUGCGCUGCAAAUUGGCUUGAAAGCGUCAUCUCAAAGCGCAGAGGAGACUCAAUUGCUGUUAGCUAUUAUGGACUGGUUGGAGCAGAUGAAGAAGACGCAUGCAGACAACGAGGCAAUAACCAACGAUAUAGCUGCCCAGGCGCACAUUGAGAACUAUGCCCUGAAACUAUUUUUAUAUGCAGACAAGCAGGAUCGCGAGGAGAACUUUGGCAAGAACGUCGUGAAGGCAUAUUAUUCCAGUGGCGUUCUCUACGACAUAUUGCUGACCUUUGGUGAGCUCAGCGAGGAGGCGCUUCACAAUCGUAAAUACGCCAAGUACAAGGCUGCAUACAUUCACAACUGUCUGAAGAACGGCGAGACUCCCAUACCCGGACCCUUUCCAGAUGACGAGUCUGCAGAGCUAAAUGGCGAAAGUCCAGCUGGUGUCAAAGAUGAAGCCGCUACCAAUGUGACAGCGCCCGAAGAGCCAUCUACUGACUCGCAGUCGGACAACGUCGAGCCGUCCUCGCCGGCUCCACAAACAACACCUCCCACAGUCGAGGAGGUGCUGAAUAAUCCGAACAAAUUGCCCAGUCCGCCGGUGGAGGAGGAGAAACCAGGUGGCUUUGAGCCAUAUGUGCCCCCAGCACAACCGAAUGCCGCAAUUUUCCAGCCGGCUGUGCCAGUCAAUAUAACUCCCGAUCAAAUGAUUACCGCCCAGAAGUAUUGCAAGUAUGCAGGCAGCGCCCUCAAUUAUGAUGAUGUGAAGACAGCGAUUGAGAAUCUGCAGAAGGCAUUGAAGCUGCUCACCACUGGCGCUGAAUAAGUUAGCCUAAAAAUACAAGCACAUACACACACCCACACAGUUAAAGCUUGGAGCACGUGCACCAUUCAAACCACAUAAUUAAUAAUAAUAAUCUCUGAAGAAUUUGCUGGCCAUGCUUAUUGGACGUAAAACAGAAAGACGACGACUGAUGUUGAAUAAUUGUUUAAAACAGCAUUAUAUAUAUGUAUAUGUAUAUGUAUGAAUAUGAGUUAUUCAAAAAUUUAUUAAAAUUGUUGCUAAAAUGUUGAUGGCUGCGACAACUACAACAUGAGUGCCGUAUUGCAAAAGGA